AAACGUCCACUGCAUUAGGACGCUGCUCUUAUCGAGUCCACUUACAGGUCACCAAGACGGGACUAUAGCGGUCCUUCCGGGGAUCCGCACACUGAGCUCCGCGCCGUGUUUUCCGAAUGUCCAUCAGCGGGCUGUUCACAGCCUCGACUCCUGAUAUCACUCCGCUGGCAUGGAGGAUAAGCUUCCCUGGGUAUGGUGAUGGUGGCGAGGGGCCGCCACUGACUACACACUUCCGCCACCGCUUCCGAUAUUCGCCUUUUACGCCGUCGGGACUCCUCUUGAUGCCUAGCAGAAAAACUAGUCGACAUCUUCUUCGGUGUUUGGUUUAAAGCGGUAACCGUGUGACAUGCAAGUUCACUGGGAAACUCCGGAACCCGUUCGGUUGAAGCCACAAAAGUUUUCCUCGAAGGACAACACCGUAUAGCGGCAAGUUUACCGCUGCCGCCGCUGCCCAUCCGCUGGACGGUUGGUGGGUUUGACCGCCGAGUGCCUGCGUUCACACCGUCGCCGUGUUGUUGGUUUUCCGGUGGAGUUGUCACCAGUAGCGGAGAGUCGUUUCAUUGUCAAAUCUGCUCAUAUUUGGGUUUUUUUGUGGGGGAAGAAGACGAGCUAACAACCGUAUGACUUGGAGACUCGGUGCCCUUUAAAGCGCUCACUUCAGCGGCUGCUGCAGCCCUGCUGCCCUGCUCCCGGAGACCCUUCGCUGGGGGUGGACGGUUGGUAGUGGCGGUGGAGACAGGCUGGACGCUGGAGGAAAGCUCCCUCAAAAUAGCAGCCGCUCGGCCCAGUGAUGGGGGACUUUGCCUCCCCCGCUGCCGGACCCAACGGCAGUAUCUGCAUCAACAACAGCAUGAACCCGGUCACCGGGAGCGUGGUGCCCACCGGAGCCGUGGGCAUACCGAAGCACAGCACCGUGGUGGAGAGGCUGAGGCAGCGGAUCGAGGGCUGCCGGAGACACCACGUCACCUGCGAGAACAGGUACCAGCAAGCCCACGCCGAGCAGCUGGAGCUCGAGCGGAGGGAGACGGUCAGUCUGUACCAACGGAGUCUGGAGCAGAGGGCCAAGAAGUCGGCCGGAGGUGGGAGCAAGCAGCCGCAGAUCAAGCAGCCGGACCCGGACUCUGCCUCCUCCACGGAACAGAGGAACAACACGCUUAUCGCGCUCCAGGAGACGGUGAAAAGGAAACUGGACAGUGCAAGGUCACCCCUCAAUGGAGACCAGAAUGGCAUUUGUGAUGGAGGCAGUUAUUCCCCAACAACCAAACGCUUACGGAAGGAGGGCUCUGGUGGUCUGGACUCACUAACAGGUCUUCCCAACAACAACAACAAUGUUCCGCCCAUAUCUCCGCUCCACCACCAAAUUGACGUGAAGCCGCUGAUCAGCGGGCCCAACACUUCCAGCGGAAACAGCACAAACAGCAAUGGUAACCACGUAGGCCGGCUAUCAGACGAGCUUGGGAAGAACGGCGGCGGCCAUCUUUCAGACAUGAAGAUGAACGGCUCCCUGGACUUGGAGGACAGCUUUGGCCUCCUCAAAGAUCUGAAACAGGAGCCGCUGGACGACGGUGGUGGAAUGGAGUCGUCCGAUCCUCAGUCUCUGUCCAAUCAGAACAAACUGUUUUCUGACAUCAACCUCAAUGACCAAGAGUGGCAAGAGCUGAUCGAUGAGUUGGCCAACACCGUACCUGAGGACGACAUGCACGACCUCUUCAACGAGGACUUUGAGGACAAGAAGGAGGCGGACUUUGGCAGACCAGCAAACAAUCAGACCCCAGGGCCACAGGAAGCAGUCAGUAACACCACAGCACCUGGAGGCGGGGCAGUACCACCGACAUCCCUUCCUCCUCUCACUCAAACCCCGCAGGCUGGCCCACAGGUGCCCAUGGGCUCGCCACAGGUCCGACCUUCAUCAUCAGGCCCGCAGUUCGCCACCACCGCCAACGGCACACCUCCUCAGCAACCUCUGCAGCAGUCCCCCGCCGUCGCCAUGGCGUCGGGGUCCCCGUUACACAACUGCGUGGCCCGAUCUCCUCAGACCCCGACUCAGGCUCAGACGCAAGCAGUUUCAAGGCCUGCCAACGGGUACAUGAUGAACCCGGGCCCUGGUGUAAGUCAGGCAGGCACCGGACAGACGGCGUCUGGAGUUGUCCCGGGUCAGCCGGUAGGACCUGUGACGCCGGAACUUUCCCCUGCGGAGCAACUCAAAGCAAUGGCCGCUCAACAACGUGCAAAGUUGCUGCAGCAGAAGCAGCAACAGCAGCAAGCAGCCAACUGGUCUCCAGCGGGACCCCCGACCAGCCCUUACAACGCCGGGCCCUUUAACCAAGACAAACCCAACAGCCCGAUGAUGUAUCCACCACAAGCCUUUAACGCACCACAGCCCCCUCUAGUAGCUGGGAUGCCCCCCAACAAUGGACCUAAAGCUCCCAUGACCAACUACCUCCCUCACAACCACAUGGGCAUAAUGGGCCAGCAGCAGCAGACCCCGCUGUCCAAACAGCAGCAGCAGCAGCAUACAGCGGCCAUGUUGUCGUACAGCAACACCAAACCACUCAGUCACUUCAGCGGCGCCGAUCACAUCGGCCACAGGAUGACCCCGCCCAUGGGCGGCAACGGUCAGGUCAAGAACCCUAUGUUGCCUCCCUACAUGGCCGGGGGAGGCGGCGGGGGCCAGGGGGCCGGGCCGGGGCAAACCCAGGGGCCGAUCCCGGGCCAAACGGCCCAUCUGAGCGAGGAGCAGAAGCGAAUGUUGCUGAUGAAGCAGAAGGUGUUGAACCAGAAUAUCCCCUACAGCAACAUGCAGCCUCACGGACAGGAGCAAGGCGUGGUGGGAAUGUCCCGGCCACCCGGCGCCAUCCCACCUCCACACCCCGCAGGUGGCGUGGCCUCAGGGGUGGGGCCCAACCAGGGCUCGGGUCCACCUCCGGGCUACGUGGGCAACCAGCAGCAAGCGGCCAUGAUGAAACAGAUGAUGGCGAUGGAGCAGGAGAAGAGGGUGCAGAUGCACAUGAUGGAACAGCAGAAGCAGCAGCUCUUCAGAGAGCAGAGGCAGCAGCAGCAGCAACUUCUGGCCGAGCAGCUCCAACAGCAGCAUCUUCCAAGACAGAUGAGCCAAGGCCAAAGGAACCCCUACCCUCAAGUCAGUCAGUAUCAAGGUCCUCCUCAAGAUCUGGCAUCCAGGAGCCAAGCUCUCCAGAACAUCAGGGCUGCGCGUCUUCUCCAACAGCAGCAGCAGAACCAGCAGCACAUGGUCCAGAUGAGUUCUGUCCAGGGCCAGGGGGGCUCUGUAGGACCUCAGUCUGACAUGGGCCUACCGUACAGCACCCCGGGGUCCAACCAGGGUUCCCUUUACAGCCUCAACCCUUCCAUGAGCCAGAUGAUCCACCAGCAGCAACACCAGAGUCAAAGUGUACAAGUGUCCCUCGGUCUUACACAGCAGCACAACCCAGUCGGAGGACAGGCCCGGCAGGCAGGGGCAGGUCCUGGCGUCGGAGGAAUGCCUGGGGGCCCUGGAGGGAGCGGCGCUGGAGGGUACGCGGGGCAGGGGAUGUUGAUAAACCCCAUGGCUCAGCAAUCCCUCAAAGGCCCGACUAACGCCAAAGCCCAAGCACAAAGACUGCAAAGCAUGCUGGGAGGAGGAGCGGGUGGCGGAGGAAUGGCGGGUGGCGGCUGGCCACAGCAGCAAGGACAGAGUCUGCAGGGCAUGGGGGCAGGCGUUGUAAGGACUACAGGAGCUGGAGGGGACAUGAUCGGGUUUAGCUCAGGCCAGGGUUACGGCUUGCAGACGGGUCAGCCUCCACGCAUGGCCAAGCAACACUUUCAAGGGCCCGGCCAAGGAAUGGGGCAGGGGAUGGACCCCAGGGUGGGAAACCCGGCAGCGGGGAUGGGUGGCCCCAUUGGCACUCACAUGGGCGGACAGUCCAGGACCAACCAGUCUCGGCCCAUGGUCAUGAGCCAGGGAAUAAACCAAGGGGUUAUGGGCCCGGGGGUGACUGGAAUGGGGGGGUUCGGGCCAGGUCUCGGUGGGCCCGGGGGCGGAGGCGGACCUUACGGACCCGGGGGAGCAGGUGUAGGUAGUCAGACACAGGCCUACCAAAGGACAUCCAAUCAAGACAUGUCAUCCUAUGGAUAUGGGGGCGGGCCCUCCAGCGCAGGAGCCUUCGGAUUGGGCGAUGGAUCAGGGGCGGAGCUGGACUCAAGCGACGGUUGGAUGGAGGAGUUUUUCCCAAACCAAUAGCCAACGAGGAAACUGGAGACAAGUUUUUACUGGAUGAACUAAAACAAAAAACACUUUAGAUAAAAAUCUGAGACAAAAAGAAGUCAAUGUCGACUUAAGGCUGGCAUGUUUUGUUGAGUGAGGUUACAAAUUACGUGUGUGCGUGCGUGUGCGUGUGUGUUUGGGUGUGUUUGGGCGUGUGUGUGUGUGUGUGUGUGUGUGUGUGUGUGUGUGUGUGUGUGUGUGUGUGUGUGUGUGUGUGUGUGUGUGUGUGUGUGUGUGUGUGUGUGUGUGUGUGUGUGUGUGUGUGAGGGCUCAGAAAUCAUUUUGUCUCAUGCAUAAUAAUGAAAAUCCAUUUAGAGAUUUAAAAGUGUUUUUGCUAGUUUCCUUUUUUCCCAUCGGAAAGAAUUGCCGUGGAACCCGUUUAUGUCGACAACCCGUUUAUGUCGCCCAACUCAUCAAGACCCCAUCUUUUAUUCACAAGACAUGGCCGUCGACGUUGACAUACGUUGACGAACGCUUUUGUCGACACAAAAUUUAAUUAUGAUUACAUGGACAACCGCAUUGGCUAGUUUCACUUUCAAUUAUGUCGACAACAGCAACAGCUGGUUUUGCUUUCGAUCAUGGCGACAACCUCUUCUGGUGACAACCCUUUACGUCAACAUCCAAUUAUAUCGACAACCAAGUAUGUUGACAACCCCGAUAAAGAAAACCGCUUAUGUUGACAACCGCUUAUGCCGACAACCGCUGAUGUCGACAAUCCUUUACGUCAACAUCCAAUUAUAUCGACAACCAAGUAUGUUGACAACCCCUAAUACAGAAAACAACUUAUCAUCACAACCGCUGACGUCGACAACCCUUUACAUCAACAUCCAAUUAUAUUGACAACCAAGUAUGUUGACAACCCCCAUGUCGACAACCAAUUAUGUCGACAAUCCCAAUAUAGAAAACCGCUUAUGUUGACAACCGCUUAUGUUGACAACCGCUGACGUCAACAACCCUUUACGUCAAAACCCAAUUAUAUCGACAACCCCAAUAUAGAAAACCGCUUAUGUUGACAACCGCUCACGUCGACAACCCUUUAGGUCAACAUCCAAUUAUAUUGACAACCAAGUAUGUUGACAACCCCCAUGUCGACAACCAAUUAUGUUGAUAAUCCCAAUUAUGUAGAAAACUGCUUGUGUUGACAACCGCUCACGUCGACAACCCUUUAUGUCAACAUCCAAUUAUAUCGACAACCAAGUAUUUUGACAACCUCUAAUACAGAAAACAACUUAUGUUGACAACCGCUGACUUCGACAACCCUUUACAUCAACAUCCAAUUAUAUUGACAACCAAGUAUGUUGACAACCCCCAUGUCGACAACCAAUUAUGUCGACAAUCCCAAUAUAGAAAACCGCUUAUGUUGACAACCACUUAUGCUGACAUCCGCUGACGUCAACAAACCUUUAGGUCAACAUCCAAUUAUAUUGACAACCUCCAUGUCGACAACCAAUUAUGUCGACAAUCCCAAUUAUAUAGAAAACUGCUUGUGUUGACAACCGCUCACGUCGACAACCCUUUAUGUCAACAUCCAAUUAUAUCGACAACCAAGUAUUUUGACAACCUCUAAUACAGAAAACAACUUAUGUUGACAACCGCUGACUUCGACAACCCUUUACAUCAACAUCCAAUUAUAUUGACAACCAAGUAUGUUGACAACCCCCAUGUCGACAACCAAUUAUGUCGACAAUCCCAAUAUAGAAAACCGCUUAUGUUGACAACCACUUAUGCUGACAUCCGCUGACGUCAACAAACCUUUAGGUCAACAUCCAAUUAUAUUGACAACCUCCAUGUCGACAACCAAUUAUGUCGACAAUCCCAAUUAUAUAGAAAACUGCUUGUGUUGACAACCGCUCACGUCGACAACCCUUUACGUCAACAUCCAAUUAUAUCGACAACCAAGUAUUUUGACAACCCCUAAUUCAGAAAACACCUUAUGUUGACAACCGCUGACGUCGACAACCCUUUACAUCAACAUCCAAUUAUAUUGACAACCAAGUAUGUUGACAACCCCAUGUCGACAACCAAUUAUGUCGACAAUCCCAAUAUAGAAAACCGCUUAUGUUGACAACCGCUUACGUCGACAAUCCCAAAAUAGAAAACCGCUUAUGUUGACAACCGCUUACGUUGACAAAUCUUUACGUCGACAUCCUAUUAUAUCGACAAAUAAGAAUGCUGACAAUCCCCAACAUAGAAAACCGCUUAUGUUGACAACCGCUUAUGCCGACUACGCCUUCUGUCGAGGCGAGUCAGCCACUGAAAGGGUCGUAGACAUAAACGUGUUCCACGUUAUUCUGUGAAAGAAGCGUCAGUCAGGCUGAUGAGAGGAAGAACAAGUUUGUGCCUCCCAGCUCAGUGCUUCAGAUCUCUGCUGUGCGAGAGGAAGUGCAAAGUCCUCUCUGUCUUCUAUCACUUCCUGUCUUGGAAAUGCUCACACACACGCACGCACGCACGCACGCACACACACGCACACACACACAAAUAAUUAUCUUCAUUUGAUCUUUCUCUCAGCCUUCUUCUUCUCUCCAGAGAAUCUUUACUUGCUCUCAACACUCCUUUCACUGAUGAAAUAGCGAGGAAGACAACACAUUAUGUGUGUCAUAAAAAUAUGAUAAUAAUUUCAAUCUAAUUCAUUUUCUUAGGGCUUGCCUGCUUUUGUUAAGCAACCAAUGUUUUUUUUUCCUAAUUUUCUGAUGUACAGUAGAAGAAAAAGAAGGAAAGAACAGGCAGCUAAAAGCAAGCACAUGCAUACUGAAUACUGCAUAAAUUUAUAUACUGCAUAUAUUUAUAUACUGUAUAUUAGGGGUGUAACAGUACAUGAAGUCAUAAUCUGAUUUUUCGGUACAGAACAUUGGAUUUGGUUCAGAAGUGCACGGAGUACCUACAUGCUACACAUUAGAAAGUGACAAAUACAAUGAUACUGUGAUACUGUUUCAUGAUGGCGAGUCCCCACCUGCUGGAUUUAAAAAGUCACUACAUUUGACCUGCAAAUAAAAUUGAAUUUCAAUAUUUUUUUUAAAAGAGAAAAACAUUUUAUUAAAUAAAAACAUUUACCUUAAUUGCUGCUAUAAUAUAUGCAAGAAUAUAAGUACACAUAAGAAUGCCCCAACAGUCUAUGUAGGACAAACAUGACACAAACCUUCCUAAUUGUUAGAAAUCCACUGUUUGUAUUGCUUCACUGAUGAGAGUAUUUGGCGCGCGCUGUUUUGUCCUACUAAUUACAGCAGUCCUUGAACUCACCUGUAGUUUGUUUACAUGUAUAACUUUCUCCGACGCUGCCACAAAAAGACGUGUUUUAUGCCACCCCUUCUUUGUCUCAUUUUGUCCACCAAACUUUUUAUGCCGUGCGUGAAUGCACAAUAGUGAGCUUUGUUGAUGUUAUUUGUUGUUUGAGCGCUAAUCAGGCGUAUUUGAAUAGAAUAGAAUAUAUCUUUAUUGUCAUUGUACAUUUGUACAGCGAAAUUGUAAGCAAAACUAAUUUAGUGCAAAUUCAUAAUAACACAUAAAAACAUAAGAACAUAGAUAAAUAGAUUAAAAUACCAAGCACACAGCUCACAUGCACAGUUAUUCAUAUUUGGUCAGUGCAUGACUGCAAGUUAAUCGAUGCUAACAUGCUAUUUAGGCUGGCAUCAUUAUGCCUUUUUUGUAGGUACCGUAUAUAUCAACUCUACAUUAAUUUUACUUAUGUCCUCUGUUUAUAUCAUUUAUAUUUGCAAGACUCACGACACAUUAUCUGUAUGUAAUAUUGGCUGCAUUUCUCAUAGUUGUUUGUGUGCCGUGUUGUUCCGGACCACAGCAAACGUUACCCAGCUUGCAAAGAUUGUAAUGAAUCCACUAGAAGAAGACAGCCCGCGGUUUCCUUUAACUUGGACACACACAUCUAUACCUUUGGCCACUCUAAGCCAGUCAUUUCUAGGAGUUAUCUCACCCUCUGAGAAGCCUCCAUUUUAAUAAUGUUUUCCAAUGUUGUAAAAAUGUGUAGAAUAAAUAUUACAUUUCAACAUUUCUGUCAACGAAGAUUUGCGUCAGCCUGCGACAAAUACUCAUUUUGAUAGUAGGCUGACAUAGCUAAUAUAGACACUUACAUCAUGUGUUGUCUUCAUUAUAACACUUAUAUGAGACUUUUAAAGUCAUUUUGAUAGUAGGCUAAUAUAACUAAUAUAGACACUUACAUCAUGUGUUGUCUUCAUUAUACCACUUAUAUGAGACUUUUAAAGUCAUUUUGAUAGUAGGCUAAUAUAGACACUUAUAAAAUGUGUUGCUUUCAUUAUAACCCUUAUAAAAGGCGUUUAGUUUUUUGCCGCUCCAAACUAUAGUUUUUUUGUAUUUUUGGUCCAAUAUGGCUCUUUCAACAUUUAGGGUUGCCGACCCCUGAUUUCAAUCAUUGAUGGCGACAAAAAUCAACGUCAAACGCAGACGCGAUACUCCUCCGACUUCUUUUUGGUACAAGCCGUCACUGGUGAGUUCAGCAAACCCUCCUGGUGAACACAGUUCAUUGUCUAAAAACACCAUUAAUGAAUUACGACUAAAUACAUCGGUAGAUGUUACACUCAUUUGCUUUGUCACCUGUGAUACAAAGCUAAGAUUUUUUUUUGGUUUAACGUCUUAAAUGCACAAAAAGCAUCAUUGUUGGAAAGUAUUUUUACCACGUCCAUGGUGGUGGCUUUCCUUUUCUUUGACGCACUGCCAUCAGAAGAGUAUGCCUUAUCCUUGAAGGGCAAGAAAACACAUUAUAAAAUAUUUUUCUUCUUAAGCAUCAUUAACAGUUCAUGGGAGUGCGUUUGUUCAAAGUGGGUUUCUUCCUGUACUUAAAAUGAACCUAAGACCAAGCAAUGUACCGAAGCAUGAUUAUGGCGUACUGUUACAUAAUGUUUAGAGUAUAUACUUAUGUAUACACACACAAGCAAAGAGCAGAAGGAGCUGACAGCCUGUGAGGCACAAACGUGAUGACGUGAAAAAAUGCUGACUGGGCACUGAAUGUAUUUUAGCACCACAAGUGACUUCUUGGUUUAUGAAUCAUUUCAUCAAAGCCACUCUUGUUUGUUUCUGUGUACGAACGCUGGUUGUGUUUCUGUCCCGUUUUUUCCCAAACAAAUUAGCCUUAUUUCUUCUUGUAAAUGGCUUGUUCACUCCUACUGUCACACAGGAAAGACAAUAUUGUUGUUUGUAAAACUGCUGUGAAGACACAAGUUGUUGUCCCCCCCAAACGAAACCACUGCUCAGCCUUGACAUCCAUCGUAUCAAGUGGACGUCGAUCGGUUUUUUUUCAUCAAACUCUUUGAACUUUGAACUCACUUCCUGUUAGCGUAACGUUAUUUUGUUAAACACCUUCAGCUUCCCGCUUGUCGUAUAAACCGACCCUUUAAAUACAAACUUAGAAUGAAAAACUUUGAUUUAUGUCAGGACUUUACGCUACAGGGGUGGACGAAUACAUAUAACCGAUACUGAAGAUCAUCAAAUCAACAAUUGUGUGUUUUUUCCUCUAAUUUACAGUAUAUGGUCAAAUAGGACAAAAUUGAAUAAAUAAAUAGAUCUUUACCUCAUUACUUCUUCUUCAUAUCACGUCCCGCCAGUGGUCGUCCUCUCCAGGACACUUAUUUUACAAACAUGCGUCAGCUUUAAUGAAUGUAUUUUAUCUGUCAAACUCAGCUGUCAAAGUCAGUGGGCAGAUCUCGACACUUCCACUUGCCUGAGGAACUUGGACAAGACAAGUGGAGAAGUGUUGUUGAAUAUCUUGGUGUGAAAGUGCGGAAAUAACUCCGACAUCUCGAGUACAUUUCUCUACUUGAACUGCUCCAUGGUCUGGGUCAGCAGGUCUUGCUUCCACAUACCCCACAACAGGGGUCCCCAAACUUUUUGACUUGGGGGGCUGCAUUGGGUUAAAAAAAAUUAGCUGGGGGCCUGGACUGUAUAUGUAUAU